AUGCUACCCAUGGGAAUAUCGAUUAUUGAAUUCAAAUCAUUUGAACCAUUUCGAAAAAUCGGUGAAGGUGGAUAUGGUAUUGUAUAUUUGGUGGAAGAUCAAGACAAAAAAUUUGCACUAAAAUGCUUCAAGAAUAAUAAGAAUAAUGAGAGAAACUUUGAAAAAGAGCUUUUAAUACAUCGUCGAUUAGCAAAUCAUCAAAAUAUCAUUGGAUUUUAUGGAAUUGCCAAACGUAAUGAUAUCCCUUACCUGGUACUAGAAUUUGCAAAUAAUAGAACAUUAAGAGAAUAUCUGAACGAAAAAAAAAAUUCUCUUACUAAUACUGAAAAAGUAAAUUUGGCAAUACAAAUUGCUGAUGGAAUAUCUUUUAUGCAUUCAAUAAAUAUAAUUCAUAGAGACCUUCACGCGAAUAAUAUUUUGGUUCAUGAUAAUCGAAUUAAGAUUUCGGACUUUGGAUUAUCAAUAGAUCUUCUUGACAAUAAUUCUUGCAAUAAUUCUUGCAAUAAUUCUUGCAAUAGCGACAAACGUGGAACUGUGUAUACUGAUCCUCAAAUAUUUAAGAGUAAAUCCUGCAAACCAGAUAAAGCUGAAGAUAUUUAUAGUAUUGGUCUCCUAUUAUGGGAGAUUUACUCUUGUCGACCACCAUACAAAGAAAUUAAAAAAACCGAAUUUAAUGAAGUUAUAAUGAAUAAAUAUCGUGAAGAAAAAAUACCCGGAACUCCCAAUGAAUAUAUUGCACUUUAUGAACGAUGUUGGCAAGAUGAACAGUCUAAACGACCUUUGAUUGAAGAAGUUUUAAAAGAGUUAAAAUCGAUGUCAUUAGGAUCUAUAUAUACAGAGUCAGAAUCAUCGUCUAGUUCUUUUUCAGAUGAAAGUCCAUCACAAUGUUCAAGCCAAUUUGAACUUACAAUUGAUACAAUUGAUGUAUUAGAUAUAAAUGAGAUAAAUGGAAAAGAUACUAUAUCAGAUACGAAAAAAGAAGUGAUUGAAGUACCUUCUCACAGUUAUUUGAUUCUAAUAUUCUUAAUGGCAUUAUGCAUAGGAUUAUUGGUUCUGACAUUUGAUUGUCAAGGUUCUGAUGAACAAUGA